GUGGCACACAUCCAGGGCUUUCGAAUCACCUAUGUUUUUUCUAUUUUCAAAUUGCGAGACUGUCAUCUGAUACGCCCCCCUUCUUCGAUUGACCGGGCGCCGCAGAAGGAGGGGAUUCUGACAGUUCCCCUCGUCAACGUUGCAGUCUGAUAGACCGUUCCGUCCAAAGAUGACGCCUUUGAAGGGUUGGAGAGGAAAGUUAUUCUGUGGUGUUCCAUACCUACGACAAGGGUACCGGUCACUCGUUCGGUUGUUGCCGUCCAACCCGGGGCCAGCAGAGCUGGUGGGAAACAGAGCAGAUUCUUCGUGUGGUUCCUCCCCUGCCACCUCUCCCUCUCUCGCGGCCUCGCCUACCUUUUUGAUGGAGACAAGCAGAAUCCCAAAUGCUACGCUUUCCUUUCCCACAUCGCUCAUGUGGUUGGUUGGGGCAGUGGCUGUCAAAGAAGAUGCAAGAUCUCGCGAUAUUUGGCAUGUAGCCUAUCCGAUUCGCCCGAUGCUUUUGCUCCGGGCAGGGCACCGAGACAACCGGAUACCACCAUCAACCAACCGCCGCUUGGGUUCCGAAGAUGGUGGUGUGUGUGGUGGUGGCGGAGGUGGCAGCCCUUUUCCCCGGCUCUAAGGGUUGGCAUACGAUUUGUCAGGCGGAAGGCCAGUAUCCUUGGAGGACGUUCCUCUGGUUGGCACAAUUAUCCAACCCCGGGGGGCGAGGAGCGAGAGCCGAUAAAUCCGGUGAAGUGUAUAUGUGUGUGUGCCGGCCGGUCGUCAACCAACGGAGUCAGGAUUUGGGUGUUCCCCUCCGAGACCGUUUCUUCCUCCGUUUUCGCCGUUGAC